AUGCUGCUUGACUCGUUGUAUCCGCUGAUCACGUAUGAGAUUGUCGAGUCGAGUGACAGGAUCGGGGGGAGAGCGUUCACGUAUUGGUUUCCGAGGGACGCCAUCUCGGCGUGGGUUUGGGGGGAGUAUUAUGAUGUCGGGGCGAUGCGGUUUCCAGAUGUAUGUCUUCUGUAUUUGGUUUUCCGACUCUUCCGACACCUCGAUAUUACCGAAGACAACGGACUGCUCAUCCCCUAUUAUCUUCAGGGCCAGAACUGCCCCCAGAGAUACAACGGCAUCAGCUACGUCCCCCGACCAGACGGACCCAAGGAUCCGUUCCAUUUCAGCGUGUCGAACCAUGGCUUGGUCCCUGAUGCAACCGUGAACGAGGGAACUGAAACCAUCCUUGACGAUGCGUUCGGCUACUACAAGCACCAACUCCGUCGAAACUUCGAACAAGGACUGCACGCCCUCAUGAGAGUCGACCAAUUCACCACCCGCGACUACAUCCGCCAAGUCAUGAAUUACGACUUCUACUCCGUCCAAUACCUCGAAACCACAUCCAGCGCCACCGGCCGCUACGAGCAAGCCUUCACCGAAAGCGUCCUGGACAGCUUCGUCUUCGACUUCCCCGACUCGCGUCCCACCAGCUGGUUCUGCAUCAAAGGCGGCGCCUCCAUCAUCACCGACAAACUGACCGACCGCAUCCGCCACAAACCACUCCUCCAGACGCGAGUCACAGCCAUCGAACACAACCCUCACUCUGCCUCCCCCAUGACCCUCAAACUCACCACCCCCGACCACCCCGACCACCCCGACCACCCCGACCUGCACACCAAAUCCUACGACGCCGUCUUCGCCACCCCAACCCUCCCCUGCCUGCAGCGCAUCGAUCUCUCGCGCGCCGGCCUCUCCCGCGCCCAGACCGACGCCAUCCGCGCCAUCCACUACGACUCCUCCACCAAGGUCGCCGUCGAAUUCGCCUCCCCCUGGUGGAUCUCCCUCUGCGGCAUCUCGCGCGGCGGGUACGCAGCCACCGACCUGCCCCUGCGCACCUGCAUCUACCCAUCCUACGUGACCGAGGACAUCCGACCCGCCACCCUGCUCUGCUCAUACACCUUCGCACGAGACGCCCAGCGCAUCGCCCCGCUAACCCAGGACCCAUCCCAACUCAAAUCCCUCGUCCUGCACGACCUCGCCCUCCUGCAUUACCAGUCCGCGGGGCUGUCCUUCGCCGAGAUAAAAGCCCUCCUCGCGCGGGAGUUCAUGGCCAUGCAUGCGUACGACUGGGCCCGGGACCCGAACGCGUCUGGCGCCUUUGCGCUGUACGGGCCGGGUCAGUUUGCGAAUUAUUAUCCGGAGUUGGUGAGCCCUGCGGCUGGCGGGAGGCUGUUUCUAGUCGGGGAGGCGUGCAGUGCGCAUCAUGCGUGGAUUGCCGGGUCCCUGGAUAGUGCGUAUCGCGCGUUG